AUGGAGCACUCCAACACAACUCUCUGCGUUGUGCAAAAGACCGAAGCCCGCCUCCGUGAAGCCGAGGCCAUGUGCGCCAGGCUUGCCGCCGAGAAAGAGAAUCUGCAGGCCUCGCUCAGGGCAAUGUCAGUCGAACUAGAUGUCACCAGGCGUCAGUGCGAGCGGGUGAAGGCCGAGCGCAAGAACUUGCGAAGCCAUGUCAAGGCAAUCAAGAGCCUUCGAGUUGAUCUCGCCACCGCGAAGAGGGAGUGCGAGAUCCUGAAGAAAGAGCGAGAUGAACUCCGGGGGCAGGUACAGGCCCUCGGCAAGACUCCAAUCCAACUCGCUGCCGCCCGCGAAGAAUGCGAAUACACCAAGGUGGAGCGCAACCGCCUUCAACAUCGACUGGAUGUGGUGGAGGCCGACCUCGCCAAUCUCGAGAAGAAACAUAUAUUCGCCUGCAACGAGCUCGCUGCGAUGCAGGGUGGCCGGCUCAACUUCCAGGUCCAGCUGCACAUGCCACGGGAGCCCCUGCCUAACGUCCAAUCCACCGCCAGCGACUUCGAGAAGCCACCCCUCUUUGCCAGAUCUCUAGGAGAAGAUACCCAGAGCACAUCUGACCACGCUACGCCGUCGAGGGAAUGGCAAGCGACACCCGGCCGGACGGCAGAAACCAAGACACCCAACAACAUCUUGGUGCCAAUCAAGGAAGAGCCGGGACAGGAGAGGAGGGGAGUCAAAGAGGGGAUGCAGCUCUACCGCCCGCCGCGUGCCGGACGCAAGGACGCACUGGAGGACAUGGAGCCCGGGGAAAUCUGGGAGGACUAG